UCCCGUCCGCCUCCUGCCACCCGGCGGUGGGUGGGCAGAGCUGCUCUGCGAGGCGCGGCCGCUCCGGCUUCGGCCCUGCUGCAGGCAGGAAGGAGGCUUUGGGAAGUUAGCUGCUGGCGGGGCGGCCCCCCAAGCGAGUGAAAGGGUGCUGGCGCCCUCCCUCCGCCCCUGCGCUGCCCACCAGCUCCGCGGGACCUGUGACCUCCACAGACAGCGUCGGGCAAGCUCUGCCCUCGGGGACGAGGUUGUGCCGCGCCUGUCGGUCCAGGCGCCCGGCCGGCACGGGAGGCAAAGGCCACGAGGGUCGUGCGCGCCAGGGUUGCCCCUGGGGCAGACUGGCGGCCAGAGAUGGGAUGGGCAGUGACGGGCGCCACGGCCCGGGAGGCGGCGCGGCCAGGAGGGAGGAACGGGCCGCGGGCGGGAGUGCGGAAGGCGGGGCGGCAGCCGGGGGCGGCUCCGGGCUCCGGGCUCCGCGCUCCGUCCGCCCUCGCGCCCGCGCCGCGCGCCCCCAGGUCCCGCCCCGCCUGUGCCGCCGCCGCCGCGGCCAAACAACUUCGCGAGCGCCCGACACCGGCCGGACUCGGCGUCGUCCAGGUUCAGCUCCGAGCGCCGAGGCCAUGGACGCGCUGGCCUGGCUGCUGGCCCCGCUGCUGCUACUCUGCGCGCAGCAGCACCGCGGUACCAGGAAGGGCCCCAGGUGGACUCCCCAGCAUCCUGCUGGUAACCAGAGGACUUUGUGCUUCCAGAGCCAUGAGUGACAUCGGGGACUAUGUGGGCUCCAACCUGGAGAUAUCCUGGCUCCCCAACCUGGACGGCCUGAUGGAUGGCUAUGCCCGCAACUUCCGGCCGGGCAUUGGAGGCCCCCCGGUGAACGUGGCGCUUGCCAUUGAGGUGGCCAGCAUCGACCACAUCUCGGAGGUGAACAUGGAGUACACCAUGACGGUGUUUCUGCACCAGAGCUGGCGGGAUGGCAGGCUGGCCUAUAACCACACCAACGAGACGCUGGGCCUGGACAGCCGCUUUGUGGACAAGCUCUGGCUCCCAGACACCUUCAUCGUGAAUGCCAAGUCCGCCUGGUUCCAUGAUGUGACUGUGGAGAACAAGCUUAUCCGGCUGCAGCCAGACGGGGUGAUCCUCUACAGCAUCCGAAUCACCUCCACGGUGGCCUGUGACAUGGACCUGGCCAAGUAUCCCAUGGAUGAGCAGGAGUGCAUGCUGCACCUGGAGAGCUAUGGCUACUCAUCCGAGGACAUCAUUUACUACUGGUCCGAAAACCAGGGACAGAUCCAUGGGCUGGAUAAGCUGCAGCUGGCCCAGUUCACCAUCACCAGCUACCGGUUUACCGCUGAGCUGAUGAAUUUCAAAUUGGCCGGCCAGUCCCCCCGGCUCAGCCUGCACUUCCACCUGCGGAGGAACCGAGGCGUCCACAUCAUCCAGUCCUACAUGCCCUCCGUCCUCCUGGUCGCCAUGUCCUGGGUCUCCUUCUGGAUUAGCCAGGCAGCGGUGCCCGCCAGGGUGUCUCUAGGCAUCACCACGGUGCUGACCAUGACCACGCUGAUGGUCAGUGCCCGCUCUUCCCUCCCGCGGGCGUCGGCCAUCAAGGCGCUGGACGUGUACUUCUGGAUCUGCUACGUCUUUGUGUUUGCCGCACUGGUGGAAUACGCCUUUGCCCACUUCAAUGCUGACUACCGGAAGAAGCCAAAGGCCAAGGUCAAGGUCACAGAACAGAGAGCGGAGAUGGACGUGAAGAACGCCAUCGUGCUCUUCUCCCUCUCAGCCGCUGGUGUCACCCAGGAGCUGGCCGUGUCCCGCCGGCACUGCCGAGCACCUGGGAACCUCAUGGGCUCCUACAGGUCUGUGGAGGUGGAGACUGGGGAGACCAAGAAGCCAGGGGCACCCUGUGCAGGGGCCCAGGGAGGCCUCCGCGCGCUCUUCAAACCCAUUGACGCGGACACCAUCGACAUCUACGCCCGUGCCGUGUUCCCCGCGGCCUUUGCUGCUGUCAAUGUCAUCUACUGGGCGGCAUACACCCUGUGAGGCUGGACUGCAGGCCUCGCAUCCCCGCUGCCCGACGCACCCUGGUGCUGUCGGCGGAUGACACCAGGCCACGUGAGCGAGAGGAAAGACUUACCUCCUUAAGCACCCCCGGCCUCUGCCCCCACCCCAUGUGGACACCACCUGGGACUGUCCUGGGCGCCCCUCCUGCAGAUGCCCCAGUUCCUCCUGCCGGCAGCAGAGCCCGCCUGGCCCUGGGGCCCUUCUGGAGCCCAGCAUCCGAUUUGGAAGACGAUCCGGUUCUAGCCUCCUCUCAGUGUGCCUGGGACUUGGGGCAGAUGGACGGUGGAGGGGGUGAUCAUGGGCCUUUGGUCCCAGCAUGAAAUAAAACAAAGCCUCUGGAA